ACCUCAUUUUGUGAGCACGCAGACUCAAUAGUUUGAAGCUCUUCUCAUUAAUUGGAAAGCAUUACAAAAUAUUUGAGCUACUUGUGCUCUUUAAAAGAAAUCAGUGAUUUAUUUUCUUCCAGUAUUGUUAAGAUUAAACAUUUUACUAAACUCAAGAGACUUAAACAGGGAAAAGAAAUGUCUCAUUUUUCUGCAAUGCAAAAAUUAGGGUGCACUGAAACCCUACAAUCCUUAAGCUGCAGUGAUUUGUUAGCACUGAAGGACACCAUAGCCACCAAGUUGACGAACAUAUGGACUAAAGAAGAAGCCAUCGGUGUCAUUCUAAACUAUAGCCAAAGUGCUGAAGAACUACUAAAACGGCGGAAGAUUGUGCGAGAGGCAAUAUUGAAGUACUUAAUCAGACAUGACGUUGUAAUUAAAGUUUCAGCAGACAAACAGCAACUUAUUGGCGAGGCUUUGUUCUACUGGACACAGAAAGAAUGGAACAGAAAAGAGCUAAUAGAUCGAACAAAACAUAAAUUGGAGCAAAAUGUAAAGCAGGAAAUUGCAAAUGCAAAGAUAAAAGCCAUGGCACAAGAAGUCAAGGUGGCAGGGAUAGAAUUGGAGCAGGCAAGACAAGUACAGGAUCAGUUGAGAAGACAACUGGAGGAGCAGGCAAGGAAACGAGAGGAGGAGCAGGCAAGACAAGCAGAAGAACAGAAAAUAAGGCAAGCCGAGGAGCAAAUUAAGAGACGAGUGCAAGAGCAAAUAACAGAACAAGUGCUGGAUGAGAGAAAGAGGCAACUGGAAAUGCAAAUGAAUAUACAUUUGAAUGUUACACAGUACAAGGCGCCAUCUCAGGCAGAGGGAGACUUUGACUGCCAAAUAAUAGGAGAGGAGUUCUGCAAAUGGUUCUUUAUUCUUCUGAAUUCCCAAAAUCCUUCAUUCGGCCGACAACCAGAAGAGUGGGGUCCACAGCACUUUUGGGAUGAUGCAAUACUUCACUUUGCUUAUUCUGUCCAGGAAGACAUAAUAGAGCAAUAUCAGAGUUCAGCAAUGGUCAGUCUGCGCUUGCUGUCUCUGGUGAAGGAUGAACAACUGCUCUUCAAUCCCAACAUCAGCAAGAAUGGCAUGAGAUGUGUAACUUCUCCACAUGGGUUAGUUGCCAUAGCAGUGGCUGGCACCAUUCAUAUGAACACGCAGUGCCUUGGUAUUUUUGAGCAGCUCUUUGGGCUUGUCCGCACACCAGUCGGCAGAAACAACUGGAAAAUGAAAUAUGUUAACCUUCAAGUGAAAGCUUUGAUUGGUCAGCAGGAAAUCAACCAACCCAGUUUAUCUAUUGAGCUGCCUGCACUAGUGGCCCAUCUCAAUGAAUUAAAUGCAUUUCUCAAGUAACUUAUUUUCCAAAUUGGUCAUGUUCAAACUCACAUCCCUGGUUGAAAAUCUGGUGGAGGGAAUAAAAAUUGGGAAGAUUCCACCUCAGGAAUGCAAUCAGCUCCAACAAGUUACCCCUUGGAAGCAAAGUUGAAAAUGACCCCCAUAGCUUCUGUAGUUCAAAGCACUUCAACCUAUGAAAGCAAUGCCAAAAAAUCAAAUGUAAUGAAAACAUGCAAAUGAUUGCAUUUUAGAAUGAACUGCAAAAUUCUGUUACUCAUGGGAUGAUGUAGAAGUAAGGUUUGUUUUGUGUAUUUAUAUUUACAUGCGAGUGUACUCUCAAGCAAUUAUUUUCAUGUUAUAUUAAUAGGAAUCAUUAGGAAUUAUCUUAUAAUAAUAGGAAUCAUUUUAGACAAAAUGGACUAGCUUUUCAUCAUGCUGCCUGAAAAGAUAAUCCAACAUUGCAGAUUGACUUCCCAUUAUAGAACCACACUUCAGGCAUAAUAAUAAAAUGUAUUUUCAUGUCA